AUGGACUCCUUCGCCACGCUCCCCGCGCUCGAGGACACGCUCCUCCAGGCGCUGCUCGAUGCCUGCGCGGUUCCCGAGGACGAUGCCUUGGAUGCGAUGCUAUCCUCGAGCCGGCCCUCGUCUGACGCUGUAGUGUCGGACGCCGAGCGCCACGGCUCGGGCAACAUGACGUACUUCUGCGUCGUCGCCUGA